AUGGUGGAAAAAAUCUCAUUCCUCGAGCCGUUGAAGACGGUUCACGAAAACCGCUCUGAAGAAGUGUUCGUCCAAGCCUUUGUCAUCGAGAUCCCGGCCAAGUUGACGAGCAAAGCACUAAGCAUCGUCAAGCCCGUCAUCCCCAACGGUGGCAAACACCCUUCAUUCAGUCACUUCCGCCGUGUAUGCUCUCUCACUCACCUACCUUUGGACUUGACGUGGCGGCGUGAUUAUGACGCACGAGGUCUUCAAACCGUCUUCUUGUUGGUGCCAAAUACGGUCGUGUCAUGGGAGGAUAUCAAGGCCACGCUAGUGCCGCAUAUCGACGUUGAAGGUCUCCCUCGUUGUUUUGAUGCCGUUGUCCCACGACACGCACCUCUCAGUUCAGAGCAGGCUGCGCUCUGGACAGAACGGUACUGGCCAUCGAUCUACAACCCGGCUGCACAGGUCCUUCAAGAUGCUCCGCCUCUCCACCAACUUCGACGGAUGCGGACUCUCCUAGAAGUCCCGGCCACAGAUACAUACAUGGAGCUCGCAAGACAGGCUGCCCGUGCAUCCAGGGAACAUGGUCACGGAAGAGGAGUCGGUGCUGUUGUGGUAGAACCAGAAACUUCAACAGUCGUCGCGGUGGCUGGCGAUGCUCGUUGGUGGUCUGACGAUCCAGGAACCCAUCAGUCGCUGAUGGCAAACAACGGAGAAGGGAGACCCGAAUAUCACGCCGUCAUGCGAGCUGUCGCCAUGGUUGCCAACAAGGAACUUCGUCGACGCAUCAGAGCGGGAGGACACCUAAAGUUCAAGGACACAUGCUCGGAAACCCCAUCCGGCCAAGCUCUCACACCGGUCGAGAGUCAGUAUGGAGAAGAUCAAGAAAUACUUCGUGACAUUACCUCUGGGCUCGGCAAUGUUGUCCUCGAAACCAACGUGAAUGAUGCCGUGCCAGAGAAACGACCGAAUCCCCGGUCUGAAGGAUAUCUCUGCAGUGGACUCGACAUUUAUCUGACACAUGAACCGUGCGUGUGCUGCGCGAUGGCUAUGAUCCAUUCCAGAUUCAGAGUCUGUGUUUUCGCUCGCAAGAUGCCGGGCAGUGGUGGCCUCUGCUCUGAGCCUGGUGGCAAUCGACUCGCAUACGGGUUGUUCUGGCGUCGAGAGCUCAACUGGCGAGUCAUGACAUUCCAACACACGCAAGCGGCUGCUGUCGAAGGCGAAGAAGGCCCAACGGACAAGGGAAUAUUCCAUGCUUAG